AUGCGCACAGUGAGCGCGAGCACAUGGCAACACACGAGCCGAGCCAUUGGUCUUUACCCAACGAGGAUGUCAAAGCCUAGUUUGGCUGCAUUUGUACCCAGCGGAGACCUUCUCUGGUUUGUAAGGCGGUGCACGCUGAUGCCCUGGCGCACUGGGGAAUUGGAGGCCAUGAUCCAGGAGCAUGCAGGAGAUGGAUCGCAGCCUGACUCCUUGGUGAACACCGCCGGGACGGCCCCGAUCUCUGCGAUUCAGAGCUAUACGAAUCACAGCCAAGAGGAUUCCCAUUGGCCCUUUGUGACAAGCCGCUCUCCUGCAAGGUAUGCACUGGCCAAGGCCUUUGUGUCCCCCCCCCUUUGA